GCGCGCUCGGGACGUAUUAACGCUGUGUGGAGUCGUUGCGUGCGAGGGGGGCGACGUAAGGGCGCUCCGCGAGCCCGUCUCUCCUCGAAUGAAAGGAAACAACCUCCGGCGACAGAGCCCCGCUCCCAGGCGCUGCCGGAGAACCGACACCGACUUCUUUCUCUUUCCCCUCAUUGGCGCUUCACCGCUGCCAUUCGCCUCUGGGCCCCGCCGCAUUUCUUGAGGCUAAAAGUGGCAUUCUAAAAGCAAUUUAAAAAUCAUGUCAAGCUCAGUUGAACAGAAAAAAGGGCCUACAAGACAGCGCAAAUGUGGCUUUUGUAAGUCAAAUAGAGACAAGGAAUGUGGACAAUUACUAAUAUCUGAAAACCAGAAGGUGGCAGCACACCAUAAGUGCAUGCUCUUUUCAUCUGCUUUGGUAUCAUCACACUCUGAUAACGAAAGUCUUGGUGGAUUUUCUAUUGAAGAUGUCCAAAAGGAAAUUAAAAGAGGCACGAAGCUGAUGUGUUCUUUGUGCCAUUGUCCUGGAGCAACAAUUGGUUGUGAUGUGAAAACAUGUCACAGGACAUACCACUACCACUGUGCAUUGCAUGAUAAAGCUCAAAUACGAGAGAAACCUUCACAAGGAAUUUACAUGGUGUAUUGCAGAAAACACAAGAAAACUGCACAUAACUCUGAAGCUGACUUAGAAGAAAGUUUUAAUGAACAUGAACUGGAGCCUGCAUCACCUAAAAGUAAAAAGAAAAGUCGCAAAGGAAGGCCACGAAAAACUAAUUUUAAAGGGCUGUCGGAAGAUACCAGGUCCACAUCCUCCCAUGGAACAGAUGAAAUGGAAAGUAGUUCCUAUAGAGAUAGAUCUCCACAUAGAAGCAGCCCUAGUGACACCAGGCCUAAAUGUGGAUUUUGUCAUGUAGGGGAGGAAGAAAAUGAAGCAAGAGGAAAACUGCAUAUAUUUAAUGCCAAGAAGGCAGCUGCACAUUAUAAGUGCAUGUUAUUUUCUUCUGGCACAGUCCAGCUCACAACAACAUCAAGAGCAGAAUUUGGAGAUUUUGAUAUUAAAACUGUACUUCAGGAGAUUAAGCGAGGAAAAAGAAUGAAAUGUACACUUUGCAGUCAGCCCGGUGCUACUAUUGGAUGUGAAAUAAAAGCCUGUGUUAAGACUUACCAUUACCACUGUGGAGUACAAGACAAAGCUAAAUACAUUGAAAAUAUGUCACGAGGAAUUUACAAACUAUAUUGUAAAAAUCAUAGUGGAAAUGAUGAGAGAGAUGAAGAAGACGAGGAACGAGAGAGUAAAAGCCGGGGAAAAGUAGAAAUUGACCAGCAACAACUAACUCAGCAACAACUUAAUGGAAACUAGGUAUGAAAGUUACUUCUAUCGGAUCUGUUGUCAGGAUACAAAACUCGCUGAUAAAUACAUGUUGGAGAAAUGGUAUAUGCAGUAUGAUUUUUUAAUGCUAUUAUGUUUAGUUAAGCAUGUUACUAGAAUGCUAAAGGAUUGUGUAGGCUUGCAUAGUUUUUUUAACUAGCUGAUUUUGUAACAGUAAAAACAAGCUAUCCACUUUAUCAAUAAGUGUAGUUGUAAUGUCGAACCAAUAAGAUGUUCUCGCUCCUCAAUAACAUUAUAUUUAUUGUGUUCCCCUCAAGCAUCAUAUUUUACAAUUUUUUAUCAUCUUUUAAACAGGUUCAUGGGACAGAGUUAGAAAACUGGGAAUGAAUAAGACAUCCAUAACUACUAUUCUUUUUUCACUGUUUUCUAAAAUCAAAAAGGGUUUGUAACUUUUUACUGCCCAGCUCUUAGAUCCUUCAUUGAACUGCCUAAAAACGUCUUGUUUGUUUUAUGAGCCUUCACUAGAUGGCAGAAUUUGACAUGUUGAUAUUACGUAGCUGUAGUUUGCAGUUUCUGGGAAGCAAUUGAAACACUAUUAACCCUGUGUAUAGUGUCAACAGUUAAAGCAGACAUUGAAAUGAAGUAAGCUAUAUUUCUGGACUGAACAAAGUUCUACUGUUUAGAGUGUCUGAGUUUGUUUAGUGGAUUCAUACUCAAGGGAAGGCAUAAGCGAAUUUCACUUUACAGUGCAAACACACCUCUGGUGGCAACACAUGGGAAUAUGUGAUUUUUUUUCACACUCCAGUAACGGAGGCUAGAAAUGAAGAGAACCUUCUUUUUCUCUUGGCUUUGACAGCACAUGCUAAAAAUCUCUUCCAAGAAGUGUGCUAAAGCUUUUCAUUUCGUUCCUGUUAAACUUGCUCUCACUGACCAGCAUGCAGUCGGGCGACUGGUGAUUUUAAGUUGUGAGCUCCAGUGCUUAUGCCAAAAUUCUCUUGACAGUAAACCUCUUCUCUUAUCAUGCCCUACAAAGAGCUUCCAGCAAAAUGAUUGGAUCCUUGUAAGUUUAAACUAACAUUUGGCAACAGCAAAUUAAACCUCUUUAAGAUGUAAUGGGUUACUACUCAUUAAGGACUUCAGCCACCAUGUCUGAAACUGGUUCCUCUCAAGUGCCGUGUUGUGUGGAACACUUCAUAUAUUGGCCCAAAGUAUGUAAGAAGGUCUCAUGCGCUGUAGGAGUAAAAAACAGUCUGCAGAAAACAGUAUUUAUUUUUCAUUUUGUGACCACUAUUUUUUUAAAAAAUUAUUUAAUAUUUUUAAUGUUUUCAUGCAUUGCUUUGCUUAUCUAUUAAAUAGGCUCUCGUGCCCUACUUUUUUCUGGUAGGGCUUGGUGGUGUUUUCUUGAUCAUUGGAGUUGUUUUUUGAAGCCUAAGAACCCAGCUGUUUAGAAAGGAUUUUCACACUGGCAUUUCUAGCUAGGGAUAUUUUCUUCCACUUACCUGCUGAAGCACAUUUAUAUAUUUCUUUAUGGCAAAACCAAAAAACUUUAGUUGUGGUCUGCCUAAUAUUACCAUAGCACCUCAAUACCAAGGGUAGGGAUUCUGAUUUCUGAAUUCUUUGUUAACCUACCACAUUAAAGCAAAUUAGCAAAUAAGAAAUAAUAUGUUAACUUGACUGUACAUCAAGAUAUUCUGCAGCUUAUGGAGAAGCAUUUUUAAAAUGUAACAGGUGGAAAAUUACACUGUGCUUAACGACUGAUUUCUUUUACCUGCUAGUCCCUUAAGGUCACAUUUGUCAAGUGUGUAUUCACACAUUCACUUAAAUCAAGGGACUCAAUGAUUGCUUUAUUUUAACCAUCUUUUAUUAUUUUUAGAAGGAAACUAGCUUUAGUGGGGUUGCCCUAUACGUUUUUCUCUUUUUGCUCUAAAUAUGCCAUUGGUUUUUUUUUUUGUGUGUGUGUGUAUGUGAUGAAUUUUCAAAAUUCACCAUGACUUGAAGUGCAACGACAGAUCUAGAUGUUUGUUUACCAAGCUAUGUGACUUUUCCCAAAGGAUCUGUACUUUAUUUCCUUACGACAGCUUGAAACCUGUUAUUUUAAAAUCUUUGAAUCACUGUGUCUUGAUCAUUUUUACAUUGUGUGCCAUAGACUUACCCAUGGAACAAUAGAGCACCUUCAUUUUUGGACAACUACUGUAAUGAUGUUUUUAGGAAAAAUGGAAGGUGCCAGGGUAAUAGUGGCCAGCCAAUGAUCAUAUCAUGGACUUCAAAUACUAUACCUGUCAGUCGAUGGAUUUGUCAUGUAAUCAAGUGUAUAACUUUGUAUGGGUGUCUUCAACCCUUUUUCUGCCACUAGCAACCAGAAUAGCACUUUACCUUUUGGUUGGCUAGAAUAAGUGGCUGGCUACCUAUUUUUUCUCACUGUGGUGUGAUGGGCUAAACAGUCUUUCAUCAAAAGUUGAAAUGUAAACUGAAGUCACAUAAAAUAUCACCUUUGGUUGUAAACCUCUCAUACUUUGAUUCUCCAUCCAUGUUUUCGUCACAUGCUGAGUAAAAAGUGCCUUACAAUGUAAAAAUUGUACAGUACUUAUGUUCCCAAGUAGCAUCAUCAUCUUCUGGGUAGUAAUGACAUUGUGGUAUGAAUAUUUAGAAAAAUGGACCUCAGCAGUGUAUUUACUGUUCAUCUCUUAAGUCCUUAACUGUAGUUUUAAUAAGCAUGACAUUAUUUGCUAAGUAUAUAACAUGUACAUCAUUUCAAAAAAUACUGCCAUGACUGUCUUUGACGCAUAUUUUAGCUUGAAAUUUUGAAGCGUCUUUUCUUUCUUUCCUCCCCCCCCCUUUUUUUGUUUUGUUUUCGUUACUGAUAUUCAACAGUGUAAUCUUUGCAAGCGUAUAUUGAAGAUUAUUCUGGAGCAUUUAUUGCCUUACCAGAACUGUUUGUAAGAAAUGUUCUUUAGAGUAGAAAGAUAGACUUGAGUUUCUAUACUUUAAUAAGAACUCUUUGUUCCUUGGGGGAGGGGGGUGGGGGUGUGAAUUUUACUUUCAUCUCAAUUUAUUAAAAACCCACAACGGAAAUACAUUUUAUUUCAAAGAUCAGCAAUUUUAGAAUUUCAGAUAGUACUUGCUCAGGAGUACAUGCUACUCAAGAUAUUAAGAGAAUAACAAGCUAUGUAGAUCUACUGUUGAAUCAGAAUCUAUGUACUUGAACAAAUGUGUGAAUCUUAAAUAUCUCAAAGAAAACGAAAAGUGUUCUAGAAUGUUGUUGCUUUUUUGAAAAGCACUAAAGGUUAGACCAAGGUAUACAGUUUUGUUCUAACAGACAUUUAGGUUAAUUGUAAAGAUAAGGAAUGCAUUAUGGGUCAAAAUCAAACAUUCCUCUCAUGUUAUGUAUAUUUUGUUCCUGUUAUAUUGGCUUUAUUUUCAAAAUUGUAGUUUGUAGUAUUAGUUUCCUUUUAUUGAUAUUCUUGCAUAUACUAUUCAUUCAAUAAAUGAGUUACGACUUUCA